CAAGUGAAUCUUUUGGUUUUUUUUUCCACAUUUCAGAACUGUGAAUCUUUUUUCAGACUAUGGCAGCGACUGGGCUAGAAAACAUUGGCGGGUUAGCGUUUGAAAUAAUCGUAUCGAAACUUGAGCCUUGUGAAGUAGCAGCGGUGGCAUGCGUCAACAAACGCUUCAAGGAUUGGGCUUCCGAUGAAUCUCUCUGGUCGCUUUACUGUUCUAAAGACCUCGCCCUCUCAUCCCCUCUUGAUCCUCUCGGCAAUCCCUGCUCCUCCUUUAAGGCGGCUUAUGGAGCAUGGAGGGAAGCUUAUGGUAUGUAUCCAUGGCCUUUAGUUAGACGAGUGAAAAAUGUUUGGGACAGAAUUCGAAUCUGGUUGACGGGUAAUUUCCCUGAGGUUUUACCCACUCUUUGUAAAGGUGCAUCAGAGGUCGAACUAAACGAGUUAGAAAAGUCUUUGAAAGUCAAACUACCUCUUCCUACUCGAGUCCUCUAUCGGUUUUGUGAUGGUCAAAAAGUGUGCACUAAGGUAUCAAGUGAAAGAGUAAAAAAUCUUUGUGGGUUGAUUGGAGGUUACUCGUACUACAACUAUCUUGUGAACGUUUUCUUGUUGCCACUAAAUGUUAUAAUCAAAGAGACGAGAGAUGUAACACGUCUACUUGAAUUUACCAGACCAAAGUAUAUUGUAACGGCGGUUUCUGCUUACAAUGAGAAGAUGUUUUUUCUAGACUGUGAGGUUGGUCAACUUUACGUUGGCACCAGGAAUCUUUUAUCAAGAGGAGAAAUGAUGCCAUGUGUACCAAAUGGAUUGAUAGCUUCGGUGCAUGAUUCAAGAAGCGGGUCCCAGCAAGAUGCCAUGUUGUUAUGGUUAGAAGAACAUGUCCGCCGCCUUGAAAACGGGAUUAUUAAAUUACGUGAGGAAGGAAAUAUUCGAAGCAUCAGUUUAUUCCCCGAACAAUCACCAACGUGUUCCUUGGCUACAACAUACGGCGUUCAGGUUCGUGCUUCUGCUGUAUUUAUACCUGAAUUCAGUGACCUUACUGAAGAAGCUCAGGAAUAUAUGUUUGGUUAUUCGAUUCGUAUGUUGCUUAAACCCGGAGGAUGUUUUGUCCAUGGUAUGUCCUUUGAUUCGUGCCAGCUGUACCGGAGACAUUGGAUUAUCAAAUCUAAUAAUAAUGUUGUGGGAGACUUCAAUGGUGAAGCUGUGAUAGGCCAGUUUCCCUUGUUACGAUCAGGGAAGAAAGAGUUUGUUUACGAAUGCUGCAUAACUUCUGCGGCUUCACCUGGAUCGAUAGAGGGUUCUUACACGUUUAUCCCGGACAGAUUGGCGGAUCCACAAGGAAGCCCCUUUGAGGUUGAAGUUACUAGAUUUCCUUUGGUUUUGCCAUAGUACAUCUUCUGAUGCAACUAUUCUGUUCUCCAUGGUCACUAUCUUGGCUUAAAGCCGUUUGUUUGAUUUCUGUCUCGAGAUGUUAUCAAAGAUGUUGAUAUAUAUGUAUAUCGUGUAAUGACAGACAUCUCCUGUUGCUUGUC